AGUGAUAAACAAUGUUUAUAAAGUGUCCAAAUUUUGCAAGGAAUAGUUCAGUUCGAAUUGUGAAUUGUGAGCGAUAAACACAAGAUGUGGCUACGAAUACUUAUAUCACUGAUAUUGGUGCAAUAUCUGAAUGCCGAGUGCGAUGUUUGUCAGACAAACAGGGCUGCCUGUCAUUCCCAGAAUACUUAUUCGAUCUGCAUCAAUGGUGAGGCAUCAAAAAAAGUUAUUACCUGUCCAACCAAUUACGUUUGUACGGGAGGAAAAUAUAUAUGUUAUCCGGAAAGCCACAAUGAUCCCAUUUGUAAACCUGUAGUCGAUCUGAAUGCAUAUUGCAAUGCUAUCGGAAAGGCAACCAGCUAUGAAAACAAGGAUGAUCCCACCUGCAAAAGUUUUAUUUAUUGUUACGAAAAUGGUUCUACUGGUCAACUACUAGGACGAAUAUACCAGUGUUCAAACCCAAACAAACCCUAUUUCAAUGGAGUUGAAUGCGAUGCCGUGAAACCAGAUUCCUGUACAUAAUUUUACCAAUCUUGUUUUUAAUAAAAUCAAAAAAAAUAUGCCAAUAAAGAUUGUUAUUUCUCCGAA